CGCAGUGGGGCUUCCGCCCGCCAUUUUUGAGUCAUGGCGGCGCCUCUGGGAGGAAUGUUCUCCGGCCAGCCGCCCGGGCCCCCGCCGCCUCCGCAGGUCCUCCCGGGCCAGCCCUCGCUUCUUCAAGCGGCGCCCGGGGCUCCGAGGCCUCCGAACAGCACGUUGGUGGACGAACUGGAGUCCUCGUUUGAGGCUUGCUUUGCCUCUCUUGUAAGUCAGGAUUAUGUCAAUGGCACUGAUCAGGAAGAAAUUCGUACUGGUGUUGAUCAGUGUAUCCAGAAGUUUUUGGACAUUGCAAGACAGACUGAAUGUUUUUUCCUGCAAAAAAGGUUGCAGUUGUCUGUCCAGAAACCAGAGCAAGUUAUUAAAGAGGAUGUUUUAGAACUAAGGAGUGAAUUGCAGCGGAAAGAUGCACUGGUUCAGAAGCACUUGACAAAGCUGAGGCAUUGGCAGCAGGUGCUGGAGGACAUCAAUGUGCAACACAAAAAACCAACCGAAAUCCCCCAGGGCUCCCUGGCCUACCUCGAGCAGGCAUCUGCCAAUAUCCCUGCACCUCUGAAGCAGCCUUAAGAGCAGUCUGGCAAAUGAGACAGCCCUGUCUUGUCAGCUGCACAUGGCAUUUUGGAAAAGCUCUCCUGGAGAUUGAGUUGAUGUCAGUUUUAUGUUCCUACUGGUUUAUGACUUCUUUAUGUUUGAGAUAGGACUUUAUUGUGUGGCCCAUGUUGACCCUGAACUCAUGAUUCCCUGCCCCAACUUUAGUGCCUAUUUCUUGAGUAUUCUAUAAGAUGCCUAUAGCUUAAUAAGCUAAGGAAGCUUUUUGUCCUUAGCAAAGAUCAGACUGUUAAGAGUAUCAGUGACACAAUUUCUUCUCUGGGUUGUUUUUUUGGUUUUUUUUAUUUUAUUUUAUUUUAUGUGAAUUCGUGUCUUUUUUUUCAAUUGUUUGAUUAGUUUGGUAUCACCCGAAGGAACAAAUUUUGAUAGUUUGAGAAGCCAGGGGCUAUGGAGCUUGGUUGUCAGACUUAAUAACCAUCCACAGUAGUGUAGACAAAUUUGUUACCUUUCAAGACUGAACUACCUCAAUAAGAGGACUCUGAUACAGUGUCUCAAGUCUAGUAGAGUCAGCCAGCAUAUUUUACAGGUGGCUUACUAUAGGGUUGAAAUACACUAAAUAUUAGCACAGUAGGUAGUGUUGCAGGAGGAGCCUUACCUUGAUGCUGGCUUUUAUUUGGGGUGUGAUUUAUGGAAUAUUUAUUUACUAUUAUGAGGGUGCAUGUAUCAGGAGCAUGGCCUGCCUAAUGCUGUUGUCAGGCUGUGCAGAGGUAGGGCAACUUAAGGAACAGGAUCACAGUUGGCACCUGAGGCAUGAUGGGCUAAAACUUGCUUGUUUCUAUGAGUUUGAUUUGCUUGUGUAUCAACAUUUAAAAUUCUCUCUAUGGAUUGUGAUCUGUAAGUGUCCCUGUAUAACAUGCUCUAUGGUAUGCUUUUGAAAAUUAUGCAUUGUUCUUGAACAUGCAAGGUCUUAUUUAUUUUUGUAUAUGAUAAUUCUCGUUCAUUGUCUUUGUGUACUUGGUUGUAAUGCUGUUUGCCACGUGAACCAUGAGUAACCAGCCCAAGGCCAAAAAUUUCCCUUAAUUAGAAUGGAUAGGUUAAAGAGAGCUUCAAAAAGUUGUUUGGGCUGGGUGGAUGUGGUGGCACACUUGUAAUUCUAGUACUUGGGAGUUGGAGGCAGGAGGGUCAGAGUUCAAGGUCAGCCUCAGCUAAAUAGCAACUUUGAGGCUAGACUAGGCUAACGGGUCCUGUCUCAAAAACCAAACAAAAAUAAAACACCUGUUUUAUGAAGCUCUUACUGGCAGCUUUAGAUUUUGUGGCUAAAAACCUAAAUAAACUGAUAUGUUUUGGUCAGUAUUUCAAUAAUAAACGUGACAAAAAUACUAAAAA